CCUUCGAUGUCUACUCCAACAACUCCUUUUGGGUGAUGUUCAUCGGCUUCACGAUCCUCUGGUGCGGAACUCUGAGCACAAGUCAGCUGAUGGUUCAGCGGGCGGUCUGUAUGCCGACUCUGGCGUCGGCCAAAAAGGCGCUCUACUUCGCGAUCCCCGGCUUCUUGACAAUGAUAUCGCUGACGGUCUGCAUCGGAGUCCUGAUGUUCGCCCACUAUUACGACUGCGACCCUAUGCUCUCGGGUAGAGUCACUCGACCGGAUCAGUUGCUGCCGUACUUCGUGCUCGACAUCUUCCGCAAUACUUAUCCGGGAAUGACGGGAGUGUUCGUCGCCUGCAUUUUCGGCAGUUCUCUCAGCACUCUCAGCAGUGGUCUCAACGCCAUGGCGUCCAUCAUUUGGGACGACUACGCCAAACAGGCGCUCACUUGCAUUCCCAGCCGUUGGGGCGUCUAUGCGACCAAACUGCUGGCCGUCGGCAUCGGCUUCGCGUCCAUCGGCUGCGCGUUUGUCCUCAAGGAAGUCAAGAGCAUCUUCGAGGCCGUAAUCAUGCUCUACGGCGCGUCCAACGGCCCUAUGUUUGGC